CCAAUACUCGUCGGAAAAAAGACACCGAAUUCAUGAUAUGACUUGACGGAGACUCAUCUGGCGGAUGUGUGCGGUGGAACGCACACCGAUACCUGGUAACCGAUUGAAACGACGUGCAGCUGGACGGAUGAACCGUCUGGCCUACUCUCUUGAUAUCAGCUAAUAGACCCCGGCCCUCGCCUCCGCCCCCUUCAAUAAGGACUCUCCUCAAGGAAUCCAACUGAUGUUUCGUCGCCCUCCCGACAGCCGCCACGUCAAUGAGAAUGAUCGACCCACCACUCCUGAGCUUCACACUUGCUGUCAAGCACGAUCGAGGAUUCAUUUCCUCCCAAAACGAGACUGGAUGUGUUUGGAAUCGUGUCUGAACUGUCGAUGAGCAAUUAGUUACCUUUGAAAACGGGCGGCAGAGGGCGCCUUAAAAACCAAUGGUGUCGAAAGGAUGAGACUCACUAGCAUCGUCGUCCCCGCGCCUCGUCGGAGCUGCGUCUCACAUUCUUUCACGACCAACGCUGCAAGUGUCUUCGUCGGCUCAACUUGCUCAACUGCUUGACAGGCCCGCUUGUCUCUUCUCUCGUUCCAAAGCUCACUCUCUUUACUUCAUCGGCACGGUCCACAUGCGGUUCAUUGCACUUUCUCUUGCCCUCGGAGCACCUUUCCUUUCACUUGGACGGACAGUUUCUGUCCCUCGCACACCCUCCAUCUCCUCCGACG